GAGUAAUUUAUUUAUUCUUUCUCUCUCUCACUCACUCUCACUCUCUCUCUCUCUCUCUUUCUCUCUCUUUUUCAUAAUUCCCUUUUUUUUCACUUACUACAACAAUUAUAAAAGACAGAAAAAAAAGAGGACAUUAUUUUUGUUGGUUUUUCUUUAUAUUCGUUUUGACACUUCAAUCUAAAUUUGCAACUACUUCAAGCUAUCUAUCCGAUUUGGAUAGACGUAAACGCAGAAGAAUCUCGAGCCCCACUACAAAUACAGCUAAUAUCGAAACUGCUGUCAUGACAAAUUCUCAUCCAUUACCAUCUCCUCCUGAUUUCAAAAUGUCAGGCUAUGGAAACAUUGAAUACAUUCAAUCACAACGACUAAAAGACAAAGAAGAAAAAAAGGAAGAUAAUUUAUCAAUACCACUAUCACCACAAACACCACCUUUACAGCCUAUAGAUGCAUUACCACAAUUGUCGUCUAUUCUUUCUCCAACACAGUUUCAUGCGUUUGAUAUUGUUCAUGAUUCUAAUUAUUGCAUGUUUAAAAUUAAGUUAGAUACAGAAGGCAAUACAGCUGCAUUAUGCUAUUUACCGACACGAUACAAAAAUAUCAUUGAAUUCUAUCAUAUUGAAAUUCCAGUUGCAUAUAGACAGCAGGGCCUAGGCGACCUUUUAUUAUACAAAGCAUUCCAAUGGGUGGAAAAGUCGAAUUUACUGGUGAUACCAACAUGUCCUUUUGUUCGUAAAUACCUAGAAACACGUUUUCCAGACCAAAAGAGUGGCAACUGGUCUUAUAUCGUACUGAGUGAACCCUCUCCAAAAUCAUUUACAAAAUCAUUAUCAUCAGCAUCGUAAAUUACUGUUAUUUAUUUAAUCAUUUAUUCUUUUAAUACCUUUUUGUAUGCAUCUCCAUUUGUUUAUUGUACACACUUUCUCUCAUCUUUUGAAAAUAAACCCAUCUAUUGUGAUUAUUAUUACAUCAUCUAUCUACCUUCUUGAAGAAGAAAACGCUAUGAUGCCAUUGAAUUUUAAGUGAGGGAUCAUCUUGAAUAUGUCUGUUU